AUGCCGGCAGCCUCGACAACACUCUGCGUGCAAUGUCAAACCGAAGCGUCCAAAUACACGUGCCCAGCUUGCAAGGCUCGUACGUGCUCUUUGGCCUGCACACGCGCGCACAAGUCGGGUGACCGCUCCUCCUCGGCUGCGGCGUGCUCUUCGAGCCGCUACGGCUCCACGACAUGCGUAGCUGCCUCUGGGUCCACAUCUACACCGCACGCCACCACUACUUGUAGUGGUGGGACGGAUUUCAUCCCCAUGACACAAUACACAGAAUCACACAUGCUGCAAGACUAUCUCUUUCUCUCGUCCAUUUCUCGCACCACGUCCGAGACCGGUCGUCAGAUCGUUUCGAUGAACCUGCUUCCCGCACCUACCACGGACGGCGCAAAACACCAAGUUUGCGCAUCGGCAACUGGUGCGCCGCGUCUGACGAAUCAACAACGUCAACGUGAUCAACUGAUCAAACAGCUCCACUACCGCAAAUUCAAAGUAAUGGUGCUACCCGAAGGCAUGGCUCGUCGUAAAUCCAACAUGUCGCAGUUCCAACCCAAAGACAAGAAGUUCGGUCUCACGGUCCAACUGAAACUCCCACACCAUUCGAGCCGAUCCAAGCCCGACGAACCCGAACCCGAACCCGAACCCGAACGCGACAGCUGGCUACUUCACAAACAAGACUGUCUCGAAACGGUGGAAGCCGUCGUACUGACCGAGCUGCAAACGCGCUCUUUCGCCAACAAGAAAGACAUUUCUCGGCUUCGAGCCACGCUGCACCUGUCGUCGAAAGAUGUUCGGUCAUGGAUACUCUCGGCGGCCAUGAUCAGCACUUGCGGACUUGCGAUGCCGAGUAUUGCGACAAACGUCGACAAGACGCUAGCAAAGCAUGGCGAAGAUCAUCUGCUCUUAUUACACGCCUUUCCACAAGAAUGGACGCUGCUUGUACCUGCGUAUUCGGCGAGGCUGGCGAAUGAGAGCACUUCACGCUACCUGGAUUGGUGGGCAAGAAAGAGAAAGUGGGAGGAGUCGAAUCCCGAGCUUGCGGCACAGCAAAGCGACGAGCAGCGUAAAGAAGCGAGCGCGGGACGUGAAGGACGACGCGGCAUCUCGAGGAUUCAGCGAGAGCGAGGCGAGCAAACGGAACAUGCUGGCAGUCGCAACGGCACACGGAUCCAUGCGGAUGCUCGGCCAGAACAAGUCGCACAGCGAGGUAUGCAGAAGCCAUCAGCGGACAACACGACGACGACUACGACCGCUUCGACAAUGGUUUCCAGUGCAUAUCCAUCACCGGCACCCACAGUGGCAUCGCAAGGCCUCAUUUCCAGCAACCUGCUAUCCAUGCUGAGCCAGCGUCUGGGUCGACAACCGCAACCGCAACCGUCGACGACCUUAUCGGCUUCUCCUCCCCCGCCAUCAACAACCGCCUCGACCCAACGUGCACCGCCUACGGCAGCCACUCAAUCUCGUUCGUCACCUGCACAGCCUGCACAACCUGCACAACCCGAAAGUGCGCGCUCCAUCCUGGUGCACAUCACGUCGCCGCGGCACACGACGCUUUCGUGGUUGCUGCAAACGCUUCCGGAAGGAUACAGUGUGGUAGAGUAUCCCGAGUUGCGCAUCGUAGCGGCUGAGCGGCUUGAGCGGAUGCAGAACGGAGGCGUUCAGGUGGUGCCUCUGAUGGGUGAGGGGCUGCAAGCCAACGGGGCUCCAAAGGACGACGAGCCAAGGCCGGAGCACACCGGGUCGACGGUUACGCACAUGACGAAUGCAUGCGCUCGUGGGCUGGGCGGUUUGUUGGCCGGCUACGAUUCCGAGUCGGAUUGCGAACAGCAGCCAGAGCAGGACCAGAUACGACCAGAUCCAAUACACACAGUAGAGCUCGCGCAACACGCAGAUCGCGUCGAUCACCAAGUCGCACAGCCAUCAACGCUCGCAUCGCUGGCUCGACAGCACGGAUUCACCUAG